GUCCUCACUUCAUCCCAAACAGAUCAGAGACUCUGCGGCAAACUUCAGCUCGGACAGCGCCACCUGACGGACAGACCGAUCAAAGAAAGAUGCAGAGGUGCUUCGGCGUUUUUUGCGUGACGCUCAUCUUUUGCGCAACCCUCUCUGAGACCAUCGGUCUGGUUAUCGCGGCGAAAGAGAAGCGUGGCUGGACUCUGAACAGUGCUGGCUACCUGUUAGGUCCUCGUCGUAUUGAUCACCUAAUUCAGAUAAAGGAUUCCCCCAGUGCCAGAGGCAGAGACGAGCUGGUCACUCAAUACGGAAUAGAUGGACACAGGACACUAGGAGACAAGGCGGGUCUGGCUGGCAAGAGAGACAUGGGCCAGGACGAAGACUUCAGAACAGGUUCCUUGCGAAUAGGAGAUGAAGACAUCAUCCAUACUGUCAUCGAUUUCCUGUCGUACCUCAAACUUAAAGAGAUGGGAGCCCUGGACAGCCUGUCUUCUCCUGUGUCAUCAGAUGAACUGGCCAAUCCCUAACAUCUCUCCUCCAACAGUGUUUCAGAUGUUUGACCUCCCAGUUCCCUAAAUGUCCACUUAUCUUAACUCCAUGGGCAAACUUAUAUUCCCCAACUAUACAUCUUGGUUAUUUCUGUUCCUGUGUAAAUAAAUCUUUUAUCUACUGAAGCUCA